CCAAGGGCCCGAGAACCAACUCAGACCGGCGGCGACAAACCCAGAGCAACUUACCCUCCCCUGCCCCCCCUUCAUCCCGGUGACAUCGGUCCUGCUGGAAGUAUCGUGGGUUCGAGUGCGCUGAGGCUGGAGUGACGGAGUGUGCCGAGAAUUUGAAUUAGCUCGCCGUUAGUUUGAAGAAAGAGAGAGCGCGAGAGAGAGAGAGAGAGAGGGGUAGAGCGAGAGAGAGAGAGAGGAGCCAUUUUGUCCCGACUGAGUGGGAGCAGAGAACCAGUGGAAAAGAGGAAUCACACGGGAGGAGUGGUUCGGGCUCCUUUUUUAUUUUGUUGGCUUUCUGUUCUCCUGCUGUGAAGCGACAGGGGGGGGCAACGGACGGGCCCGCGGGGAAUCGAACACAUCAGGACACGGGCCGCUUUGGUAUUUAAGCCACAACUAGCCCCCGCCGAGCUAAUCAACACAUCCCAGAUCGGUUCGCUGCUGAACGGUCCGGAGGAACGUAAGGGAGCCGGCUGUAGACUCCACUUGGGCGUGUUAGGCUGCCAAUUUUGUUUUGUUUUGUUGUGUUGCCCCUUUUUGUUGUUGUAUCCACCCGGGUGAACACACGCUAGUUCUCAAUGGCGAAGAAGACGUACGACUUGCUGUUCAAGCUGCUCCUGAUCGGGGACUCGGGCGUGGGGAAGACCUGCGUGCUGUUCCGCUUCUCCGACGACGCCUUCAACACAACCUUCAUCUCCACCAUAGGAAUAGACUUCAAGAUCAAGACUGUGGAAUUACAAGGAAAGAAGAUCAAACUACAGAUCUGGGACACAGCCGGUCAGGAGCGGUUCCACACCAUCACCACCUCCUACUACAGAGGAGCCAUGGGCAUUAUGCUGGUCUACGACAUCACCAACGCCAAGAGCUUCGAGAACAUCAGCAAAUGGCUGCGCAACAUUGACGAGCAUGCAAAUGAGGACGUUGAAAGGAUGCUGCUCGGCAACAAGUGUGACAUGGAGGACAAGAGGGUCGUACCAAAAGCCAAGGGGGAGCAGAUCGCGAGGGAGCACGGCAUUAGGUUUUUUGAGACGAGCGCCAAGGCCAACGUCAGCAUCGAGAAGGCCUUCCUCACGUUAGCAGAAGACAUCCUCAGAAAGACGCCUGUAAAAGAGCCCAACAGUGAAAACGUCGACAUCAGCAGCGGGGGUGGAGUCACAGGCUGGAAGAGCAAGUGCUGCAGUUGAACAACUCCUCUGAUUCACGCACACUAACGCACACAGACACUCACACAGACUCACACACUCUCUUUCUUUCUCUCUCUCUCUCUCUCUCCCUCUAACUGCUAACUCUAACUCUCUCGCCCUCUAACCUGUCUCAUGAGUUUUUCUUGCACACUGACACUUGUCUCUUUUAUCAGAAUAAAACAAUAAACCACUUCACUUGUUAACCCCUCCACCCUUCCUCCUCCUCCUCCUCCUCUUCCUCUUCAUCCCCCCCACCACCACCUCCUCCCACCUCCAUGUUUUUCCAUCUGAUGCUCAUUUUUAUUUCUGAUAAAAAGAGAAAUCCA